UGGUUUUCAAAUAUAGCCUAAUGAAGAGGUAAACAAGCCGCUAAGUCCAAGAAAAUUUGAACAUUUGGUGUUUGACUCGGAAAGUGAAGCCUAUAGUGUGUUCGAACAGACCCCAAAAUCAAAGAAAUAUUUUGAAAAAUUUGUGGAAUCGAAGUAAGUUCCUUUCAGAUCUGACCGUCCUACCCUCAGCCAAAAUUAACCUUUACUUCGAAUGUGUGAUGGAAAACAAACCGAGUUUGUUGGCGAACAACACACAACCGAAAGACAACGUCGUCGAAGAGAAUGUAAAUGAAAACGUGCUGAGCGCAGUACCACUAAACAGCGACUGCAUUCAAGAGAUAUUCCAUCGAGUGAAGAAUUUAAAAGAUUUCCUGAGCCUAGCUCAGGUUAGCAAACAAUUCGCCGAAAAUGCAACUGCAACUGCAAGACAUCGCAAACAACUGUUCAUCGGCAACAACCACAGUAACGAGAGUUGUUUUAGUAUUCGGGACACACGUCAUUCAGUCCUACUGCAGAAAUUUGGUCAUUUGGUCGACUCAAUCGUUUGGUGUGGUACUGAAGCCGCUGACGAAUAUCGUACGGACAAUGACGAUGAUGAAUGUAUGUACGACUACGACAUUGACUUGUACAGCGACGGUGAACUGUUGCGCCGAGAAGACGACGGCCUAAUUUUUCAGGCGAUCAUUGAAUAUUGCGGCACAAAUCUCAAAACAUUGGAUACUGCUGACGUACGGCACAACCAGUUUUAUCUUGAUGAUGAGAAUAAAUCGUCUUUCCCAGCCCUAGAAGAGAUUCGUUUGUCUGGUAUCGAAGUGUACAACGAGGAGAUGGUUUGGCUCAAGAGAAAUUUCCCGAAAUUGGAAAAAGUUCGUUUCAAGCAUAUGGGCAUUGCAGACAACGACCUGAUCGAAUUCCUCGAGCACAACCAUCAGAUUCGCAGUUUAGAAUUGUUCGAUUGCUACAAUGUGACGCCGAACUGUCGAAAUGAUCUCGUUAAACGAUUUCCCUCUAUGGAGCUGAGCUACUUUUUCUGUCGCAAUAACAUACAGAUCCGGUGUCUGCAAAACCUGACCAGUCUGAAUGUUACAUUCGAUGGUAGAAUGUUGCUGCGAGACUUGCUUGACCACUUUGCCAUCAACAACGUACCGCUUAAGCACUUGACAAUCUACGGUGAUUCCGGCGAUGGAAUCGGUGACAGUUUGGCGGGACUUAAGAUGCUGAAAUCGUUAAGUUUGAUGAAGAUGUCUGGUGCAAUGCUGGUGCAAUUAGCCGAGAAUCUGCCUGUUUUGGAGUCGAUAAUUGUUCGUACAGCAAACUCAAUCACUGUGGAUAGUAUCAAACAGGCGUUGCAAUGCGGGCGCUGUCUAAAGUUUAUUCAAUUAUGUGGAAUUGACGGUCCGCUUGACUUGGAUGGAUACAAUUCGAUUCUGGCUCUCGCUCGUGGACAUACUCAAAUCAAAGAAAUGAGCGAAGCGAAUCGCGAAUGGAUUAACCUCAGUUGGUGUAUUUUACCUUUUUAGCGUGAAAGAAUCCAUGUGAUCUAAUCGUAGGAUUGGUCGUAGAACCGGAAAACAUUUUCAGUCACUAGUCGCCUAGAAUAAGUAAUAUCGAAACCAAAAAUGAACAAUAAAAUCUCACAUGCAUGUAAACCGACUG